AUGACUGAAGAAAUUCAGGGUUAUUUCAUCAUUGAUGCUUCAGCAUUAACAAAAGGGCUCGGUAACAUCAAGAGAUGGAUCGAUGAGCAAAACUACAAUGUCAAACUAUUCAUUCCAUCUUAUACGAUUCAUGAGUUGGAUUACCUCAAAAAGGGAAUGUCUAUGUUGGCCACAAAUGCUAGAGAAAGUAUUCGUUUUAUUGACAGAGUUGUUUCAAGUGAAGAUCAUCAUAUUGGAUCAAAAUUGAUUCUGGAAACUCCUGAUCAAGUUGGACCAAAUUGGAGAAAAUGUAUGACUUUUAAAGUUCGUUCACCAAAAACUCAUGAAUUUCCAAAUAACAAAAAUGUGACAUCAAAACCAUCGGUUAUUAAAUAUGAGAAUGAAGAAGAUGAUGAUGAAGCUGAUGAGAGAGGAAAUCAAUCCAAUGAGAAAAACUUGAAGAAAGAAAGAGCUGAAUUACCAGCUAGAUACAAAUAUCUUUUAAGACCAUGCAUCAAAAAAACUCAUGUUGAUCCUGAAGAUUGGAAACUAAUCACCGAAGAUUUAACAACUAAAAUUUGGUGUGAAAGUUUUGGUAUCAAAUGUAUCAAUGUUAGUGAAGCUGAAAGUUUAUUAUUUCAAUUGAAAAAUAAGACACAAAUUGGAAAUGAUACAAAUUACACUUUCAGUAAAUUAAGUAUUGAAGAUGAACCAAGACCAUUAUCAUCAUCAUCAUCAUCAUCUAAUGGUGGUAAAAGAAAAAGAUCAAGAGCCAGAAAAUCUAAUAACAAUAACGCUAACAUUAUCAAUGAUAUCAAUAAUACUGGUGGUGAUUCACAAAAUACUCAUCGUGAAAGUUAUGAUUCUAUUUCAUUUGCUCCAAGAGGUUCAGGUGAAUUAUGGGUCCCUUAA